GAUCUCGCCGGCGAUCACUCCGACAUCCUUUCUUGAGUAGCCAGUUCUUCUGUGCCUUGCUCAGGUACUAAUUUGAUUGUCCUUAGAGAAGAAUUUGUUAUUGAUGGGACGAACCAAAAGAAGUAACCCUAUGGACCUUCAUGCGCAGAGGGCAAAUGGUUUUCAGGGAAGGUGCAAGGUGCUAAUUAGUUUGUUCUGGUGGCAUCUAUUUGAAUUAGGUUGAUGUGGUAAUUCUUUUUUGACAAGAAUUAAUAUAAGUCUUUGUGGUUUUUGUUGUGUGUUUUACAAUAUUAAUCUACUAAUUUCCUCUAUUGGUGCCCAAGUGGUGGCAGCUCAUUCAUCACCAUUGCAAUCGCUGCCAGUGCUUGUUUGCCAACUGCAUAAUAUGGAUAUGGUGCUUCUGGCUUCUGCCUGAAAUAAGAUUUAAGAGUGAAACUUGGUUUUGCUGCUUCCAUCAUAAUAGCUACUAUAAAAAUUAACCAUUUAG